AGCAAAGAAGGCUAUCAGUGAUUUUCUAAGCUGUGCAUUCCACAUCCUCAACUGGACCUUGCUUUUCAUCUAGGUCUGUUCUUAAAAGUAACAUCAAUAUGGAUGAUGAGGAUCUUUUCUCUAGCCACUCUCCUCAUUCAGUUUACUCUGUUGGUUCUAUAAUUGAAUCCACUGAAUGUGCAAGAGAAUCAUUUAUAAAUGAGGAAACAGUGAGUGAAACCCUAUCUGGCGAGCCCUCGGUCAUACCAAAUGCAUCCAAGAAUAAGAUUGUUGAAGCGGCAAAAGGGCUUUACGACAAAGUCCAACUAAAGUUAAAGGAGUUUUUGAAGAACCCACUGAUUCUGUGGCGCAAAGGCAUGUCAACCCCUGAUAUCGAAACAAUAGAGGCCAUGCAGGUUAUGGAUGUUUUUUCUGCUCAGCACUCAGGUGUGCAACCAACCAGUACUUGCAGUGAGCAGUUGCAGCCCCGUACCAGGCCACUGCUCAGAAAGGUACAUAGUGAUGGCACACAUAGUGUGGCUUUAGGUGAAUUUUAUUUGACCCAGACUCAACUUGAUGAAUGCACAAGAGAUGCCUUGAAAGGGGUCCUUACCACCCUCUUGUCCAAGGAGGCUGAAGAACCAUGUUUACCUUCCAGUGCCCCUGCUGACACAUUUGUGAAAAAAGUAAUUUUCCAUCUGGACGAUUUGAUCUCUUCAAGCUCUUCAAUGACCUUAGAUAGCAGCAGUGAUCACUCCAGCAAGUAUUCAUUUGAGAAUAUCACAAGGACUUCUUAUUCAACAGGCAGAAAGUCCUCUUCUUUGGCAUGUCUUCAGAAACUGUCUUGUGAAGUGUUUCAAACAAAUGCUCUUACGACUGUAAGCGAAGCCGUACUUAAAACAGUCAGAAGCCAUAAUUCUAAUGGCACACUGGACCAACAUUAUUUGCCAGAAAGGGUUCAGGUGAGCUCCUUCUUUUUCCUUCCAGUGGAAACAGAGGUCUCUGACACUAACACAGACACACCUAAUGUAGAUGUAGAGUCUGCUGCAUCAAUCAUGGUAAAUCAGUUUGUGACUGACCUGCAGAGUUGUGUCGAAUCUAUGCAUUCAAUCAAGGUGGAAUGUGACAAGCCACAUAAGGGGAAUUUCUUCACUAAAGCUUCAAAAUUGUAUCAAAAUCUGCAGAACAAGAUGGAAGAGUUUUUUGAUCAAAGACCUUUCAAGGGAAUAGGCUUGGACAAACUAGUAAAGGAACCUACAAAAGAGCAAAAUUCCAACAGUGAGUGUGAGCAUCCCCUUUCAGAAGAGCACAACAUCCACCCACUGGUUGAUCUCAAGGACACCACCAAAGAAGUUCUGGGUAGGGUUUUGACAUUAUACAAAGACGAGAUGGAGGGUGAAAAUGCAGAGUGUGAUACAUCACUUGCUGUCUCAACCGAAGAAAAGAAUAUAAUAAUGCAGCUUGAAGCUUAAUUUGUCCCACCUGAGUCACCUAUUCAAAGACUUGGUGAAGAGGAUUACACUGAUGAAACAGUCCCUUCACCUACAAAGCUUAGCCAGAAACUCUCAGAGGAUGAGUUUCAAAGUAAAACCGCAAAGCUUGUGAGUGAUGUUUUACUGCUUACUAUCAGGAGUUCAACAGACUCUUGAUUCACACAAAGUGGCUGGUGCUUUCAUAUCCAAGGCAGACCCACAAAUGUCUCCCCUGGAGGUUCAGAAUGCUGCUUCUGAUUUAGUCACAGAAGUGACUAAUGUGGUGCAGAAACUUCUGGAUGCCACAGACACCCCUGAUAUUCCAGCAAGCCCAUGCACUGACAUGAAAGAAUGCAUUGAUAAGGAUAUAGAACCUUCAGAAAGCAUCUCUCAAACAACUGAAGAUGCUGAUGUGAAAAUCUGGUCCAAAACUUGCAAAACAUUCCAGAGCUUCAGGAGAAAACUAAAAAAUGUGUUUGCCAAGUACCACCUCGCACACUCCAAAGCUGAGGAAAAAGACAACGCAGAAGCCAUUAGCAAGGUGCUUGGUUUUAUUCUGGAGGAACUUGUUGAUUUGGAUUAUUCAGGGGAACAGAUAACAGACAACAUUGGAGAGGAGGAUGACCAGUUAAUGAAAGAACCACAAAGGUCAAAUUCUUACUCAUCCACUGCUUCCAAAAGCAAAUUAUCAAAAUUGAGGUCUGAGGUCUUAUCUGGUGCAGUCCUCAGCCUUAGUAAGACACCUGCUGAAGCACCUCCUGUGCGACAUGUUUAUAGUGACAUGAAUGAUAUGGAUGAAAAUGAGUCCUCUCCUAUCUCUCGUGAUUCAAUUAUCAACAUUGUAAAAACCAUCUCUGCUGAGCUGGUGCAGAAUGACUCUCUCCCACCCACUCAGGAUCUUACCUCAGUGGGGGAAAGGCUGCUGCUGAGUCUCUCAUUACAUAAGAUUGCUAUGUAAUGAGAGACUCAGCUCACUCUCCCGCAAUCUUUGUAAUCUGAUUCACCAUCUUUACAUCAAGGACCAAAAAGGAAUGACGGCCACAAAGUCUGUCUCUGAUUCUCUUCUUUUGAACUUGGGACAGAGUGGCAAAUUCCUCAAAAAAGAUAUUGUCAGACAGUUUGUUCAGGUAUAUGCUGAGGAGACAGUGAAGCAUUUUUUCCUUCCUUGCUUCAACAUUCCAUCACCUUGGAAAAUGGACGUUGGAGCAGUUUUCCAACAUGCUUCAUCCUCUGCAUCUUGCCCCAGUUUUCUACAUUCUUUGUCUGAAAUAGUACCCCAAGGUGCCUCGAGAUCUCCUUCACAAAUACUGCAGAGCACAUUACAAGAUCUUCCUACAGUCAUGACAAGAAAUGUGAUGAACCUGCUAGCCCCGACUCUGCAAACAACAGAGGAAUUAGAGGCCCAAACAGACCAGCAGCCAUUACCUGAUAGUAUGUGUCUUUUUAGCAGACCUUCUUCAGGUGAUCCGACACAGAUUUCAGUGAGCGAGGAUAUUAUUAUGGGUUCCUCUUAUCCCUCUCUGAACCCAAUGGAUUCCACCUCAGAGGAUUACAGCAACCUGGUCUCUAUAUUAGUCAUUAGACUACUUUCUAAAGUGAAGGACCAAGAGUCACUCACUGACAAUAUGUUGGACAUAUCUAGAAUGCUAAUUGACAGGAUAACCAGAGAAAUUGAUGCUGCCUUGGGCAUUGCAAAAAGUAAGGCAUGUCCACAUGAUGUGAGAAUCAGAAAAGUCUUCAAAGCCAUUUACAAUAAUCUCUUGCAUGAGUUUGGCGGUAAGGAGAUUCUUCUGAAGGUGAUGAUGUCAGAGGAUCCUUGCUUUGAGAAGUGUCUGGUCACCUCCCUAACACGUGAGUUCAUGCAAACCACUGAUACGCCAAAUCCAAAGGAAGAGAAGACCAAGAAACGGACACUUCGGUUCCUACCAAAAAUUUCCAAAAUCAAAGCCUUUGUUGAUAUCAGUCUGAAGAAAUCAAAGUCAGGCAAUGAUAGAAAGGCGCAGUCCACCAACAUGGAUCAGAACUUGAUCAUGAACAUGGAUCCGAUCUCUGCUCAUGCUGAUCCAAGGAUGUAUGCCAGAAUCCUGUUUGUGGACUUCAGCUCGGCGUUCAACACCAUCAUGUCUGAACUCUUAAGCUCACCCAGUUCUCAGCGCCUGCCUCUACCUGUCUGUGGACCAUCAGUUUUCUGACUCACAGGCUGCAGCGUCAGACUGUGGAGCAUCUCAUCCAAAACCAGGUCCAUCAGUACAGGCGCCCCACAGGGGUGUGUCCUUUCCCCACUGCUCUUCUCCCUUUACACCAGGGGUGUUCAAACUUUUUGACUCAAGGGCCACAUUGGGUUUUGAAAAUUGGCCUGCUGGCCUCAAGUUUACUCACUUUACACUUAUAUUGGUUUCUGUGGACAGUAUUAUGUUUUCUCCAAGGAUUUCCAAAUAUUUGAAUGACUCUACCUACUCCUGUAUAUGCAGCUGAUUAUCAGGGCAGAGGAAGCAAAAUAGUUGUAUUACCUAGUUAUUGCCAUGCCUCAGUUUAGACAGGGUGCACUUUUCAGUGUAUGCUUCAUUCUUCUUCAUCCAAUAAGCAUGAACAAAAAAGAUUACUGAUCCAAAACCAUACAAUUAACUGCCAAACCUAUUGUCAUUUAUAUGGUUUUGGUUCAGUAUUCUGUUUUGUUAAUUUCUAAAGGGGUGCCAUACUUUUCUCAGUGACUGUACAUAUGUCAAUUGUAUCAUGCAGAUUUUACAGGUGGCAACAAAAUAAAGUUAUCCUACCACUGAUUUUGAUACUUUACAUGGAUGGUAGGUACAGGACAUGCUUUGAAUUCAUUAGAUUUAACAAUACAGUGUCAGGGACAGAUCAGAUGGCCAGAGACUUGACACUUGACUUAUCGCGUGACAAAAGACUUGAGACUUGACUUGACCUUGCCCCUCAAAGACUUAAGACUUGAGUUGGACUUGAGCUCAAAGACUUGAGACUCAACUUGGACUUCCAAAAAAUGACUUGUGAACAUCUCUGGGAAAUGCUAUAUCACUUUGUGGCCACUUCCUUCCUUUGAGUCUUACUCACACUACACCACAAUAACAAGUUGAAUCGUUGAUAGAAGGCAUGAUGGAUUGUGAGAAAGCUCUCAGAAUGAUUUUUACUCUGCGUGCUUCUAAAUGGGGUAAAGGGGUAAAAAUACAGCACAUGUAGGAUUUAGUGUCAUCUAAUGAUGAUGCUACC